GGGGCUACACCAGUAGAGCCUACAUUGCUACUGCCUGCUGCCCCUCUUAAGUAGCAUUCCACUGGUGCCAGAUUGAUUAAAUGCCUAUGCCCCGCCCCCUUCAUUAGCACUGGCAGGUGCUAUUGGAAAUAGCAGGCAGAGGUCUCCCUGCUACAAUUGCAUAUCUAAGAAAUACUAGAGAGAGAGAGAGGGAGGGGGCACCCCUGUGCUGUUGUCAGUUAAACACCACAAAUGAACAUACUGAGAAAAAAUUGAAUCAGCAGCACACAGGAGUAGCCUACAGCAGAUAACAAGCAGAAUGGCCCCCAACAUUUCACUCCUACAGCCUCAGAUCAAUUCCUCCUUUGAAAAUGAUCAGACAACAGUGGAUAUCUAUGACUUUAUAGUUAACAUCGAAAUCCUGUUCUGCUUCAUCACUGUCAUCCUGGGAACCGUUGGCAACGCCCUGGUCAUUUGGGUGGCUGGCAUCAGCCUACGGGCCAAAGUCACUUAUGUCUGGCUAGUGAAUCUGGCCACUGCCGACCUCAUCUUCUGCCUGACCCGCGCCUUCUCACUGGCCCAGAAGUACCAAGGCAAAUGGUCAUUCGGCGUCUUCCUCUGCAAGUUCAACGGCUUCUUCAAGUACGCCAACAUGUUCUGCAGCGUCUUCCUGCUGGCGGUCAUUAGUUUGGACCGGGCGCUGUGCGUGUUGCAACCCGUCUUCAUUAAACAGCACCGUACCGUCUGUGCUGCGCGGCUGGUCAGUGUUGUGGUGUGGGUAGUGGCGUCGGUCAUGAGCGCACCGUACUUCAUCCAUUGGCAGGUCUACCCUGACAAAAAAAAUCACAGGUGUGGCUUGAAGGAAGACAAUGGGAAUGCCGCCAAGAUGGCUCUCAUCGUCAUCCGCCUCUUGUGCGGUUUCUUCCUCCCGUUCGUAGUCAUCCUGUUGUGUUCCGUGCUAGCAGGCGUAGGAAUCCGGCGUACACAGCUGAGGGGAAAGUCCCGUCCCUUGCGGAUGCUCGUCACCCUGGUCGCUGCCUUCUUCCUGUGCUGGGCACCCUACCACUGCUUCCGGCUGGCCAAGGUGAUCGACAGUAAGAACCGCCCCAUCAAAGUGGGUCUGGCACUGACCAAGAGCCUGGCCUACUUCAACAGCUGUGUCAACCCUGUGCUGUACUUCUGCAUGGGUAUUAAACAAGGCUGGCUGCGGCGGAUCAGAAAUGCUGCUUACCACCCUGCUGUCUGUGGUAACACCACAACAAACUCUACCUGUCUGUAGUUGAUUCAGUAAUUUGAUGCUUGUGUCUGUCUUCUAUUAAUUAUACCAUCAUGUGCAGUCUUCAAUGCAAUCACAGCCAGAGAUGUAAAAGUCCAGCUUCAGGAAGUAAUUAGUCCUGCCAUGUAUUGGUUCUAUUGUUUUUUAAAAUCUGUGUGUAAGCCACACUUGUUAAACUUAGCUAGUCUGCGACCAGCUAAACGGUGAAUUAGAAAUGAUCAGCAUAAUCAUAUGAUGGGUGUUUAUCUCUUGACAGGUGCAGGUGAUACUCAACUGUCCACUUAAAAUAAAUGAAUAAAUAAAUAAAUUACGAAGGCUAAUUAUUCAAGAGGAGACUUACAAUG